CGGACUUGGCUGCUCCUUUUCCAUUCCCAGCCCUGGGAGUAUUGCCCUUGAGAAGUGCAAGGAACUCUGGACACUUCAAAAUAGUGUGACCACGCUUUUGACACGCAGCACACCAAGGCUGGGAGGGACCAGAUGCAGCCUCCAGUGCAGCAGAAGGAGGAUUGGCAGAAGUGAUCAUUGCAGCUCCAGACAGAGGAUUGCUCUGCCCAGAGUCUCCUGCAUUGCCUGCUGCCCUGAAAGCAGACCAUGAGGUAAAGGCCUGUUCAAUGGCAGCCACCUUGAGAGCAUCAUGGGAUUGCUCAAAGGGAGCCUUCAGAGUUGCAUAAGCAGGCUCAGAAUCAGGCAAGGCCAUGAGGAGAACCACAGCAUGCAGCUCUUCAUCAGCCUUAUCCAGUGUGAAGGAAUCAGGC